CUUGUCAUCAUCAACAAUUAAUUUUGUGUCGAGUUGACCGCGCAUGGUACGCUGCUAAUGCGCGAAUGUUCCAAAGAUAAUCGAGUCUUGGCGCAAACGAUUCCUCGGAAACUAGAGUUGCUUUUUACGCGCGUUUCCUAUGCAGCAUCGCGGCAAACGGUGCAUAUCUGGGUUAGGUCUGGGCCAACAAUGACUGCUUCGUCGCAUACCGGUGGAACCGACAUCGACAGGACAAAAGUGGAGACAAGGAGGGUCUAGCUGAAACAGUGGACCAGUGGAUUCGGAACUCAUUGUCAGCCGUCUAGUUGGUCUGGUAGCACGAUAUCGGAGAGAAUAACGAUUAACGAGCGCUUACCGCAAACAGGAUGAGUCGAGGAGGCAUCGAUGGAAUCUUGGCGUUGCGCGAACCACUGUUUAUUCCGUGUAUUUCCUUCAAAUAUCUCCGAACGCGUUCAAACGCCGUAUUUUCGUACCGGGAGAAAAAGUAGUUGUGCAAUGCAAGUGUGGUUUCGGGAACUCGGUUGUUCCAAGGUGUAAUCGUGGUGCGCGAUUAGUGUCCGUCCAAGAGGAGACUUUGGUUGCGCGAAGGCCUCUCGAUUAAAUUCUGAUCGUGCUUGUGUAAUCGAGUAACCGGUUAAAAGUUCAAAGUUACGGUCACGUCACGGUCGUGAUGGUGUGUUUCAAUAAUCCUGAAUGGAUAGCUAGAACGAAAUUCUGUGAUUUUUCCAUGGUUACCAAACCCUCUUCGUGUUUGGCAACGACAUUUUCGAUCACCUUGGGUACAGUUGUACAGUGACACUUUCGAAGGGAAGUUUCUUCGAAACACUCGGAAUAGUAGUCGAAUACGACAAAGAAGAGUUUUGAAAACAAUUUUCUUAAAAAAAGGGCUGAAACGUACGUUAUCGCGCGAAACGGUGUGUGAGAAAUUUCAAAAGGAAAUUGAUUAAAGUCUCGAACGAGUCGGAAUCGUUGUUCGAUGAAAAUUUUCGACUACCACGAAAGAGAUGGUUUAAUGUGACGCGCCCCAAGCCCGAAUAAAGAUAAAAGCUCGCGUGAACGUAUCGGACCGGACUCGCUGCAGACGACGUUGGGACAAUGUAGCUCACGACGCGACGCGACGCAACGCGACGCGACGCGACGGAUAUCCGGCAGGAGCCUGGGAAUAAUUCGUGGCAGUCGAGUGCCGAGAAAAGUUCGAGGAAAGCUCCGUGCAGUCGGCCCUGGAUGUUUUGACGUUAAGUGGCGCCUAGGGUGCCGAGGUGGGGGGCGCUUGGUCUUGCUGCCUGCCGUGCGCCGGUGGCGGCGGGGGUGGGGGUGGUGCAGCUGUCUCGGGGGCCACCCCCGAGGCCAGGAAAGCCUCCACCGGCCACAAGUACCAACAACAGCAGCAGUCGAGUCACCAGCAACAACAGCUGUUGCAGCAGAAGCAACAGGAGAAGCAACAUCAGCAACAGCAACAGCACCACCACCUCCACCACCACCAUCACCACCAACAACCGAAGAAGAUUUCCGUUGUUCGAGAGAGCGAGUUGGCGCCUCUGAGCAACCUCGACGAAGAUCUAGACGGUCUCGACGACGAAAAGAGGUUAGAACUUGUACGAACGGAAGAGGAGGAUUUCGCAAAGGAGGGUGGUACUCAGCAUCGACUGAGCCCCAGGCUGCACGACAUCGAGGAAGAGGAUGACGAGGACGGCCGUAACACCAGAGAGAGGCCGUACCAGAAGAAAUCGCCAACCCCAAGCGGUGGCGGUGGCAGCAGCAGAACGGGUUGGCGAUCGCGCAGAAGCAUCACGACAGCAGGUGCACCGAUACACCAGCACCACGUGAUCGCCAGUGCAGCGGCAACUGCACAGGCCAAGAUGCAGGCCGAACAAGGAAGCAUCGGUGAGCUGCGCGGCUAUCACAACCUCAGAUCACGGAGACACACUUUAGCCAACGUUCGUUUCGAUGUGGAAAAUGGCGCCUCGACGCUGGAUGGCGGUGCCGGAGGAGGUGGUGGUGCCUCACCGAGCGCAGGCCUCGUUCUCCAAACUCUGCCACAAAGAAGAGAGAGCUUCCUCUACCGCAGCGACAGCGAUUUCGAGAUGUCACCGAAAUCGAUGUCUCGAAACAGUUCGAUCGCUAGCGAAAGGUUCAAAGAGACCGAGCUUCCUGUUGAGCGAGCGAUAUUUACCGAUCAGUUUAGCCAUGGCGAGGAGCUCAUCGUCACGCCAUUCGCGCAGAUCCUCGCGUCUCUGCGCUCGGUCAGGAACAACUUUGCCUCGCUCACAAAUGUACCCCCGAACAAAUCACGGAGAAGUAGCGCGGCGCAAGGGAGUAGCACGCCGCAACCACGAAUACUGGCGCCAGGGGAGGAGCCCUAUCAGAAGCUGGCGGUGGAAACGAUGGAGGAGUUGGACUGGUGUUUAGACCAGCUGGAAACCAUUCAGACGCAUCGAUCCGUGUCUGACAUGGCCUCCCUCAAGUUCAAACGUAUGCUGAACAAGGAACUCUCCCACUUCUCGGAGUCUUCAAAAUCUGGCAACCAAAUAUCAGAGUACAUCUGUAGUACCUUUCUUGACAAACAACAGGAGUUGGACUUACCGUCCUUGAGAAUCGAAGAUGCAGUUGCAGCUGCAGGCAGCGCAGAUGCACGAGCGGCGAAGAAGAAGGAUCGCGCGGAGAGAGGUCCAGCCGCCAUGUCCCACAUAAGUGGCGUUAAACGACCACUCACGCACACAAACAGCUUCACGGGAGAACGUGUACCACUUUACGGCGUUGAAACACCUCACGAAGAAGAACUUGGCAAGCUUUUGUCAGACAUCGACAAGUGGGGCAUCGACAUCUUCAGGAUAGGCGAGCUGAGCAGCAACAGACCGCUGACCUGCGUCGCAUACACAGUCUUCCAGAGGCGAGACCUGCUGAAAUCGCUAGGCAUACCGCCGAAGACCUUCGUAACCUUCAUGAUGACCCUCGAGGAUCACUACGUCAAGGACAAUCCCUUCCACAAUAGCCUCCACGCGGCCGACGUGACCCAAUCAACCCACGCUCUGCUCAAUACGCCCGCACUCGAGUCCGUGUUUACGCCACUGGAAAUUACGGCAGCUCUGUUCGCGGCCACCAUUCACGACGUGGAUCAUCCAGGACUCACCAAUCAGUUCCUCAUCAAUUCGAGUUCCGAGCUCGCGCUGAUGUACAACGACGAAUCCGUUUUGGAGAAUCACCACUUGGCGGUAGCGUUCAAGCUCCUCCAGAACGAGGGGUGCGACAUAUAUGUGAGCAUAACGACGAAACAACGUCGCACUCUUCGCAAGAUGGUCAUCGACAUGGUUCUGUCGACGGACAUGUCCAAGCACAUGUCUUUACUGGCGGACUUGAAGACCAUGGUGGAGACGAAGAAAGUGGCCGGUUCCGGUGUUCUCCUCCUGGAUAAUUACACGGACCGUAUUCAAGUUCUGGAGAAUCUGGUGCAUUGUGCCGACCUGUCCAACCCUACUAAACCGUUACCCCUUUACCGGCGGUGGGUCAGCCUGCUGAUGGAGGAGUUCUUCCUCCAAGGAGACCGCGAACGAGAACUGAACAUGGACAUCAGUCCGAUGUGUGAUCGGCACAACGCGACGAUCGAGAAGUCGCAGGUCGGAUUCAUCGAUUACAUCGUUCAUCCUUUGUGGGAGACCUGGGCGGACCUGGUGCAUCCCGACGCACAGGAAAUUCUAGACACUCUCGAAGAUAACCGCAGCUCCUAUUUGUCGAUGAUCCCUCCGUCACCGCCGUCCGACGAUCAACAUCAAGGAAACGAACAGCAAUCUGAUCGGAUACACUUCCAGGUGACAUUGGAAGAGGGUGACGAAAGCGGCGACGCCACAGAGACGGGUGAUACCGGUGGACUGGGUGAAACUACCCUGCCUAGCGAGGAAGGGGGCGGUGAGAUGGAUGAGAACGCUGCCGAGGCUGGAAUGUGACGGAGGCUCGCGGGUAUUUGCAGAAAGAUCCACGAGAAGGUGCAGCAGACCUGGUGGCGCGUGCGUCAGUGACAGCUGGUUCGUUGUCGCCGGCCGGGUCUCUUUGCGUCGACCUACUGACUUUUGGCCAAGCUCCACUCCCUGGAACGAUGGAAGAAACGUUCCCCGUUGGGACGAAGCGAGCAAGGAUACGAUGGAAACGUCUAGUCGCUGCUAGUUUGGAUCUGGACGACGCAGAGGCUCUUUUUUCCGAUGCGUCGGGAACGAGAAGAGCAGAAAAAGAUAGAAAGAAAGAAAGGAAGAAAGAAAGAAAGAAAGAAAGAAAGAAAGAAAGGAAGGAAGGAAGGAAGGACGGAAGGAAGGAAGGAGGCACGAGUAGAAUCGAAAGCGAGAGACGCGAGGAGAAGCAACCUCGCACGUUCUGGCGAUCGUUUUUUCCUCGCUGACGCGGGUCUCAAGACGAGGAACGGUCCUCAAUCGCUGCACUUCGGCUGGCUCGAAGCGUAUCGAGAACGUCGAAAGCGAUAUCCUCGCCUCGUCUCGCCUCGCCUCGCCUCGCCUCGUCAAGACUUGACUUGUUUCGCUUCGCCUCGCCUCGCCUCGCCUCGUCUUGCUUCGCCUCGCUCGUCUCGCUUCGCGAUGGGAAAGAACGUAUCGUCGUCGUUACCAUUGUCGCCCUUUUCUUUUCCGUGUUGUCGUUUGAUCGGCCCCGAAUCUAUUACGCGUAACGAGCCUCCAAGGAGGAGACGAAUCUCUUGGCCAAGUACCUGUGCGAGAAGCGAACGAACGACUGAUACCCAAGAGAUCGAUACCCCGACACGACUCGAGAGGAUACAGGAAAUCUCAUUUCGCAGUAACAGGAGAUCCUUAUUGACAUAUCAAUUACAUGGUACAAGCUGAGCGGUCGAUGCCGCAAUCUUCGAACGAUUCGAUUCGGAGGAUCUUCCGCGCUUCCCGGCUGACCCCAAGUCGAAACUCGUCGGUUUCUCUGCGGAGAGAGCCAACAUCUCAACCACCGAGUACAAAGAACAAACGAGGAAUGAGACUCCACGAUGAGAACUCGAGGAGGGGAUCAGGGGCAAGAACCGAACCGAAGAUUUUAGAGGAACGAUAGUAUCGCACUUCACGUUCAUCCUUGGUUCUCCGACGAAUACCUCGACAGCAACCUAAUCGUUAGAAGGUCUAAGCUUAUCCCUAAUCGUAAGAUUUUAAGUCAUGUUCGCUGACUAGUAUCUAGAGAAAAUCGUAACGGUGGACAGAGUCCGAUGAAAAGCCAGAUGUCACGAAUCGGACCGUUGUGUAGAUGCCUUUUCUUUCGGUUCUUCAUAUUACGAUUAUCGAGUAGCAACGUUCACACACACACACACACACACACACAAACACACACACACACACGCGCGCGCGCGCGUACACGAGACACCGACAGUUCAUUUUUAACCAAAGAAUAAUGUUAGUCACAAUCACGACGAAAGAACAAGAAAGACAAACGAAAUUCUUCGUCCGAAGAAACCAAGAUAUACAAACGAAACACACAUUUCUCGCGAGUAAUCAUCGCACGUUUUGGCUUCUAGCGAUGGUAGAUUUAGGGGAUCAUAAUCCGUGACAAAGUGAAAAUUAAUUAGGUAGGACAUUGCAGCUCGAUGUGUUUAACCGACAAAAAAAAAUACAUAAGUAACUAAUUAAUAACGAUAAAAAAAAAACAAAAAAAAUACUAAGUACUCUCGCUUGGAUGUCUGUGAAUCGCUCAAAUUCGUGAGUCGACCUCGACGAAAGUCAUCUCGGAAACGCGAUUUCAUUCUAGUAUUCAUACGAUCAGUCAUAUGUUUCGAUGGUCGAACGUCGAUUCCUCGGGAACACGACGCUCUCUUUCUCGGCGAAUGGGGCCACUCGCGUGCCACUUCCGGUCUGCGACGAUCGUCCAAGAAAAUUUUCUUUUCUUUCCAAGCAACCGUUAAUUCAGAAAUAUUCUGUUCAAUUUGAAACGAGCGUUGACAUCGUACUGAAAUUUCUGUCAAUUGUCCUAAUCGUUAUGUCUGCGGCGUUUAGCCGUCUUUCUGUGAUCGAAACGUGUUUCUUUUUUUUUUCUUUUAAUAAUUUUUAUACCCAUAAAUUGCCACAAAGGUGGACAAAAUAAAGAGGUAUUGCUAACCGAAGAAACAGAACUCUUUACUUCCUCGCCGACCAGACGCUAUCGGAUCGUUAAAAUUUCUUGUGCGAGAUUUAUACAACUAAUUUAUAAAAUACGAUGAAACGAUGCGCAAAAGGGCUCAAAUGGCGUAUAGUAAUAAAUAAUCGAGACCCACUCGAGAAAGAAGCGAAAAUGUAUCUGUGUCGUAGGCAGUGAACCUAGUGAAUGUUCAUUUUUUGUUUGUUUUGGUGCUGGCCACCAAGCUUAGUUCGUAAAAGUAUUACGUAAGACUACGAGACUAGAUAUUAAGAUGAAGAUUAACUUAAACGAACUUUUUAGGCCGUAAGCAACGAGGUUAUUAAUGAUAAUUAACGUGUAACCGUAACAAAGAAGAGAAAUCGAAGCGACGCGAUAUGGCCGUACGGACACUUUUUCGCGGGAAAAAUCGAUCGAUCACCGCGGGAUUCUUUGAAAAUUCCGAAAAUUCUGCUCGAAAUGCAAAUUGAAAGAGAAAAAGAUAAUCAUCUAGGGACAACGGGGAAAGGAAAUUCUGUUUGACUGAGAACGACCGAUCAAACGACAAACAAAAGGUUUUAUCGAUUUUUCCUUUUCCAGUCUCCCGAAUCAAUUUUUAUUCUAUUUACUACGUGGCAGCCAAUUUUCUUUUCCGAUAUCGUUUAUAGCUGUAGCAUGGCGAUCACUAAUCCAAUGAUUGUUUUAUCAUGAAUGACAAUGCCGAUGAAUUCACACGAUGCAUGUGCUUGUAUUUUAAUCACGAUGACACUGGUGACGACGAUGACGAAUAACAAUAUGAUCACGCUGAUGGUUGCGAGACAAAUAGAGAUAAAAAAUACAACGUGUUUGAUUGCUGGACAGUUAAAUGAACAUGUAUUAAUAUCGUGUAACCCUCGUACGUGAUGUAUGUGUAAUAAAACAUAUUUAUUGUCGGAA